UUGUUUUCAAAAAAUUAUUAAGAAAAAAAGAAGACUCCGGCGCAAGCCUUUUCGUCUCCUUUGAAACUAUGCAGUUGCGCGAAGCUGGAAGAGCUGGAGGAAAGCAUAACCGUCUUCAUUCUUCCUCUGAGUUUUGUUAGUCCAAACCAGAACCGCAGCCGCCAUGAGUAGGCUGGGUCAACUUCCAGAUCUCAAAAAGUACACGGGCAAGAAACUUCAAAGUGUGUUAAAGAAUGUCAAUUGGUUAGUUCUGAAACAUUUUCUUGUGCUAUUUUAUGUGUUGCUGAUCAUCAAUCUACUGGGUAAGCCAGCAGAUGCUCUAGCCACAGUCAGAAUGCCGGUGGCUUCACCUCAGUAUCCUCAUUCUGCUCCCUUGUUUGAAGGAAGAUCAAACCCCCCUUCAAGUUCCUUGUUGUCCAAACCGUCGCUGAAGAAGAGUCGAUUAGUUCCUCCAACUGCAGCACUUCUACCUCCAAAGUUUCAACAGGUUUCCCCGACACAAUCCAGAGCUAGUAGUUUACCUUUGGCCCAGCCACCAAUUUCACCUCAAACAUCCGACUGCUGUGGACCAGACAUGGUGCUCAAGAGAGGAAGCCUGUCUUGCCACUGUGUGUAUCCAAUAAAGCUUGAUCUUCUCCUUGUGAAUGUGUCAUCUAACCCAGACUGGACUCUCUUUCUAGAUGAAUUUGCUAACCAUUUGGGCUUGAAGACCUCUCAAAUUGAACUAAUCAAUUUUUAUGUUAUUGAUUUAUUUAACCUUAAUAUCUCAAUGGACAUCACACCAUACAAGGGAAUUAGUUUUUCUGCAACCGAAGCCACUAGAAUAAACUCUUCGUUGCAUAAGGUCCUUUUAAACCCUACAUUAGUAGGUGCUUACCGGCUUCUCAAUAUGACCUGGUUUAAGGUUCCAGCAGCGUCUCAAGCCCCUCUAGCCGCUGUGUCACCGAUGGCAGUAGAUCCUAGACGACCCUCUUCUCAUGCCUCAGUAUCCCCUGCGGAUAAGGGGCACCACUCAAACUUGAUUCUAAUUAUUGGAAUGGUUGCCUGUAUGGUAAUUGUUGUGAUUAUCUGCAUGCUCAUACUUUAUGCCUGUGCUUAUAAGCGUGGAAAGAAGAAAAGGUUGCCCAAAGAGACUGUGAAGCCUAGGAGUGUGGGUUCAGUUGAAACUGUAAGGUCUUUUACACAUCCUACAAGCACACGAUUUCUUGCAUAUGAGGAACUGAAAGAAGCAACAGCUAAUUUUGCUCCAUCUAGUGUUCUCGGAGAGGGUGGUUUUGGAAAGGUGUUCAAGGGUGUAUUAAGUGAUGGUACUGCUGUGGCCAUCAAAAGGCUUAGUACUGGAGGACAGCAAGGAGAUAAAGAAUUUCUAGUGGAGGUAGAAAUGCUUAGUAGACUGCACCACCGAAAUCUUGUGAAGCUUGUUGGCUACUAUAGCAGUAUUGAUUCUUCACAGAACCUACUGUGUUAUGAGCUCGUCCCUAAUGGAAGUCUGGAGGCCUGGCUUCAUGGCCAGUUGGGGGCAGAUUGCCCUCUAGAAUGGAACACCAGAAUGAAGAUUGCACUUGAUGCUGCAAGGGGACUUGCUUAUCUGCAUGAGGACUCCCAGCCUUGUGUUAUCCAUAGGGAUUUUAAGGCAUCUAACAUUUUGCUCGAGAAUAAUUUCCAUGCAAAAGUAGCUGACUUUGGGCUUGCUAAACAAGCCCCUGAAGGCCGGUUAAAUUACCUGUCUACCCGCGUUAUGGGCACAUUUGGGUAUGUAGCCCCUGAAUAUGCUAUGACUGGACACCUACUGGUAAAAAGUGAUGUCUACAGCUAUGGGGUUGUCCUUCUCGAGUUAUUGACGGGAAGGAAACCUGUGGAUAUGUCACAGCCAUCAGGACAGGAGAAUCUUGUUACUUGGGCCAGGCCUAUACUAAGAGAUAAAGAUAGACUGGAAGAACUUGUUGAUGUACGGCUUGAUGGAAAGUACCCAAAGGAAGAUUUUGUGAGGGUUUGCACAAUAGCUGCAGCUUGUGUUGCUCCAGAGGCAAACCAACGGCCCACAAUGGGGGAGGUUGUACAAUCCUUAAAGAUGGUGCAACACAUAGAGUAUCAGCAGGAUUCUGCCGUGAACCCCACCUCCAACCCUCGGCCCAACCUUAAGCAAUCUUCCACAACCUUUGAAUCUGAUGGUACAUCAUCAAUGUUCUCUUCUGGGCCUUACUCUGGCUUGAGUGCUUUUGAAGUGGACGUAUCUCAUACAGCUGUAUUUUCUGAAGACCUGCAUGAAGGAAGAUGACUGAUCAUUUGGUUAUAUAUGAAAGAUGCAAAUAAUUUUGCACAUGGACUGGAUGUUUGGUUUCUCACUGAUUCAAUUCAUCACUGGUAAAAAAACCAUUUUUCAGUCAUUUCAAUGGUUGGUGGUCACUCUGCGCAGUUGGUUGAAAGCCGUAUAUAUGUUGUAUAAACCUUUUUUCCCUUUUCGCAUGGGGAAAUGUAAUGUUCCUGCUUAGAUUUUGCAUUUUUUCCUUUUAGAGCUUUUGGGUGUACACUAGUGUACAAGUUAUUAAUGCAAUUUUCUUGUACAUUUCAUUCUAUUGCAUAUCGAGUGUUGUUGAGGAUGAUUAUGCACACAGUUUAUGAACAAUACUCUAUCGUUAGAAUAUAUUCUUGGAAUAUCAGAAUAUCUUUAGAAGU